AUGUUUCGAGUCAAAAGUACAAGGACCUCAGUGUUUCAAAGUGUUGCAAAGAUAUCAAGACCUACUCACUCAAAGGUUUGUAAUCAUUUUGCUUAAAUCGACAAUGAAUGAGUGGAUCAAAUUUUUGGUUUCUUAUUUUUAGGGCUAGUUUUAGCUAGGGACUUGAUCUCCACUUAGCUUGAAGUUUACUAACUUGCAAUUUAUUUUCGACUUUUCUGCUCUAUUUUCUUAUUAUUUUUAAGGGCCAAAUAUGUCCAUCAAAGAAAUCCUUACAAUUGAAGUUACAAAGGUGUAAAUCAACAGCAAAAAAUCCACCCAAGUAAGUUCAUAAAAACAUGCGUAAUAAUACUUAUACACAUUACAAUAUUGAUGUGUAAAUAAACUAAAUGGAUGGUCUUUUUGGUGGGUAAGGUACACGUAAAAAUAGCCAAGCGUUUUCAGUUAUCGUAUGUAAGUCCAAGCACCCAUAGAAUGCAAUUCAAGGUUGACCUCAUGCUCUGAUGAUGCGAGUUCAGUCUAGUCAUUUAGGAGUUCCCUUAGUGUCAAUGUAUUCAGCACAAGUUAUACCUUGGGCUUGAUCACCAGCCGCUGAUCGGGAAACGAACCCUUGCUCCUCCCCCUGAACAGAUGGCUGGACGCGUGGGUUUACUGUUACCAAUAUGUUGUCUUUAGUAUUCUGCCUAAGUUGUCAUGUUAUUUACCCUGCUAGCUGAGUUGCUUCGAUCUUUCCUAGAUAAGCCAGGAUCUUUUCUAGAUAAGUCUGACUUAUCUAGGAAAGAUCAAAAGGACUCUGCUAGCCGGUUACUUGUUAUUCUGCUUAAAAAAAGAACUUUCUGUAUAUCCUUGUUUCAAGGUCAACAAAAAGCUCAUCAACCUGGAAGAUAAUAGGAGGAGUAACGGCUGUGUGCGGUGGAAGUCUGGCUGGGGCUGCACUAGGAUAUCAUUACAGUACUGAAUUCCGCCAUCUGGUGCAGGAAAAUCUCCCAGUUAUUGAACCAUUACUCAGCUCCUUAAAUUCAUAUUUAGAUAACCAAAAUCAGCGAGCAGGAACAAAACAAACUAAUGUUCAAGAAGAUGCUAGAAAACUGCCAUUUUCCAGUGAGCCUUUAAAUCUUGGUGCUCAGAAGGUAAAGCAAUAAAAAUUAUGUGACAUCUGAUCAUUUUGUACAAUGCAUCUGUUUUGUAAAAUUUAGAAAGGGUCUUGAAGUGUUCAACCGAUUCAGCACCAUCCGACAAAGGGAGAUGAUGUUGGGUAGUGUUGGAUGGUUUGUUGAAAUACACCAAACACUGUCCAACAAAUUGCUUAGGAAAAUUUAGUCAAAAAUGUUUCUAGACUGAUUAUGUCUUUGAAAACUUUAAACACAGCAACGCUUGUUUUUGCUACUAAAUUAAAAUAUAAUGCAAAAGCUGUUCGAGUGUGAAACAUCAAAAUAUGGGCAUGGAAUGCAUCUUCUCUGCAUUUGCAAUGCAUGUGAACUUUGAGUACAUUGCUUUACUUAUAUCUUUCUUAGGAUGAUGCUUUUCCUCUCAAAAAACCUGCCAAUUCUGUGGCUGGAAAGAAAGAGCCAAUAGCAUCGGUUUCAUCAAUUGAUCAAACAGCCAUCUCAGCAGUAGAUCUUGCAAUAGCCUCUACAGUGGAGAAAGAAGCUAGACAGGUUAAUCAUAAAACUGAGACCAAACCUGAUUCUUCUCAUGACACUGUAACUGUNCUGAUUAUGUCUUUGAAAACUUUAAACACAGCAACGCUUGUUUUUGCUACUAAAUUAAAAUAUAAUGCAAAAGCUGUUCGAGUGUGAAACAUCAAAAUAUGGGCAUGGAAUGCAUCUUCUCUGCAUUUGCAAUGCAUGUGAACUUUGAGUACAUUGCUUUACUUAUAUCUUUCUUAGGAUGAUGCUUUUCCUCUCAAAAAACCUGCCAAUUCUGUGGCUGGAAAGAAAGAGCCAAUAGCAUCGGUUUCAUCAAUUGAUCAAACAGCCAUCUCAGCAGUAGAUCUUGCAAUAGCCUCUACAGUGGAGAAAGAAGCUAGACAGGUUAAUCAUAAAACUGAGACCAAACCUGAUUCUUCUCAUGACACUGUAACUGUACAGCAGCCACCAAAGAGUGAGCGGGAUAAGGUGGAGUCUGCGACAGCAGCAGUAUCAGUGCUAGACCAUAUUGGAGUAUCAUCUAUAGACCUUGAUGUUGCUGCAUCUGUUGAGAAAGAGGCUGAUGCUGCGAAAGCAGAUAAAAUAUCAAAGCAAUCAGGGGAGUCAGGUGAAAAGGAGAAACAAGUUGAGUUGCAGGAAAUUAGAGGUUAGGAUAGCUGUGUUAUUUGAUGAUUAAUAAAGUUCAGAUAUAACGAACACUCUGAUUGGUUGAGAAAGGGUGCUUAUGAGGGCAUAAAACACAGAUCUAAAGCUUUCGCAAUACAUGUAGUUGUUUUUUAAUAUUAGAAAGUAAUGCAUGGGAAAUUUAACAGUUUCUUUAUUAUAAAACCAACAAAGAAGCCUGACUGUUUAGGAAGCAGCUGGAGCACUCAAGAAGUAGGCAGAAACAGUCAACUACUGUAUGUCAUUUGUUUCCCUUACACUUCUUUCAUACCCGCUACCUGUAUGAUUAAUAACAGAACAGAGCUUAUUCAACCAUUUCAGGGUGUCUUUAUUUGUUAAAUAAUGUAAAAGAUAAAAAUAGUAAUGCGACCAGCAGACCUUUAUGUUCAUUUACAGUAGUGAGCCAAUGGCAAGCAAGUGUAAAUCUGUACAAAUCUGAUGUGAAACCAGCUAAGCAUUUUGGGUUUUUAUUACGUUGCUGUUAACUUGAGUUGUCUAAAUGAGAGUUGUAUGUAAAUGAGCACAACUCUGCUUCCUGUUUUAUACUGAAACACUCAUGAGACACUAUUUUGUUUUGAAGGGUAGCAAAGAGGAGGCAGUGUGGCUGAGUGGUCAGGACUGUUGGACUGGCAAUCCGGCCUUCCCGGGUCCAAAUCCUGCUCUGGCCACUCCCUGGAUUUGAUCUUGGUCGUCCCAAUUUCAAAUCCUUGGCAACACUUGAAAAUAGCCAACUGGUUGCCUCUUGCCCAGUUGGGGUUUAUAAUCCUAUUAGGUUCUAUUUAAAUUCUAGUUGCACUUUCCACAGUAGACAAACCUUUAAACCUUUAAUCUUUAAUAGAAGCUGUAGGUGGUGGAGAACUUAGAAGAGUAUGAUAUGAAACAGUAGUAACAGGUUUUUUUAAUCCUUGAAUGCAGCAGAAGUGGAUACUAGCCUUACAGAAAAGGAAGUUGAAGCAAUGGUCGAUAAAACAGCCAUGGAACUCAUGGUUCAUCAGGCCCUUGCCAAAUUACAAGCCAUUGGUCAAGAUGCCGUAGAAGCACAUCAGAAAGCAGCAGGCGCUGUCAAAGCCCAUGUUGAGCAACUCAAGGCUGCUUUGGCUCAGUCACAACAGGAAGGAAGUUUGAAGGAUCUUAGUGAUAUGGUGCUGAAUUCUCAAAAGGUUGCAACAGACUGUGUUGCUGCAGCCAAAGCUGCACAGGUAUGUGAAACAAUGUUUGUAGACCACUGUGGUGUCUUCCUCUGGAACUACAGAUUUCUCAAAAAAUCUAACCAUUGCAAGAGGUUAGUCUAUUUAUCCAGUAUAGUUGUUGUACUGUCUAUGGUGCAGGUCAAAAUAAUACUAUAUUCAGGUUAACCUAGGCUGACUCUCAAUUUCCUUUGUCUAGGAGACAAAGAGAAAUUGAGAAUCAACCUACUGUAAGUUAAAAAAAAUUGACCUGAAUUUAAUUUUGACCUGUAACAUGUACAUACCUUUGUCACAUGUUUUGCCACAUUACAUAAAAAUUAACCUUUCACUCCCAAAGUAAAUGAUGGAUCUUCCAACGCAGUUCAAACUUAUGAGUUUCUGGAUGAAAUUAUGUGAUUUGGCCAUCCAAGUAAAUCCAAUAGUACUUUCUUUAAUUAUAAAAUGGAAAUGAAAUUUGGAAAUUUUCGUCAAAUUUUUACUUGUGGCCACUUCCAAGAGUGAUAAGGUGAAGUAGCCCUGCAGAAGUACAAGAAAAGAGCUGUGUACAUGUAGUUAGUAAGAACUGGAACAUGCAAAAAGCUUAAUGCUGCUCAGUGAAUCUCCAUCUGAUGACUAACCACAUAAAUAAUUUAUUGUAUGAUAAAGCUGCAACAUUAUGGCAUCCAUACUUGUGUUUCUUUGGCCAACCCUCAGUCAACCCUUUUGUUUGUGUAGGUAAGAGUAAACGAAGAAGUAGAAAAGCUGCAUUCUUACUAG